UCCGCUAACCUCUACAUAAGACUCUCUUACUCCAAACCCAAGAGAGAGACGUUUCUCUUAUCCUCUUAUAGAAAAAAAAAACAAAACAAAAAUGGCAAAAGAAGACGACCGGUUUAGAUCGGCUCAAGAAGGCGACCGUGAACCGCUUUUUGCGACCAGGAGGAGAACCGGAGGACUGGUUGCGUUUCGGUUUUUCGCGGCCUCGGUUUUCGGGGGCAUCUGUUGUAUUUGGUUCUACAGAGUGGUCGAACCGUUAGAGAAAGAUGAGAACCGGACCGGUUUAUUUCGGUUUAUCUGGUUGGUUAUGCUAAUUUUAGAGAUCUGGUUCGGUUUGUAUUGGCUUGUCGUGCAAUCUCUCCGUUGGAAUCCGGUUUGGCGAUCCACCUUCACCGAUAGACUCUCCCGGAGGUACGGUGACGAUCUCCCAAGGCUCGACGUUUUCGUUUGCACGGCGGAUCCGGUGAUCGAGCCGCCGUUGAUGGUGGUCAACACAGUGUUAUCCGUGAUGGCUCUCGAUUACCCACCGGAGAAACUAGCGGUGUAUCUCUCGGACGACGGUGGCUCUGAGCUCACGUUCUAUGCUCUCGCGGAGGCAGCCGAGUUUGCUAAAACUUGGGUUCCCUUCUGCAAGAAGUUCGACGUGGAGCCGAGGUCUCCUGCUGCUUACUUGUCUUGCAAGGCAAGUGUUCUUGACUCUGCUUCGGCGGCAGAGGUGGCUGCGUUGUAUAGAGAGAUGGCGAAUAGGAUUGAAACGGCGUCGAAACUACGGCGAGUACCGGAGGAGGCGCGGUUGAAGUACGGUGAUGGGUUCUCGCAGUGGGAUUCUGACGCUACUCAAAGAAACCACGCAACCAUUCUUCAAAUUCUGAUAGACGGAAGAAAAGACAAGACAAUAGCAAUACCAACUCUGGUGUACCUAUCGAGAGAGAAGAGACCUGAGCAUCACCAUCACUACAAAGCUGGUUCCAUGAACGCAUUGCUGAGGGUUUCUUCGAAGAUAACGUGUGGGAGAAUCAUACUUAACUUGGACUGUGAUAUGUACGCAAACAACUCAAAGUCAGCACUCGAAGCGCUCUGCAUCCUACUUGAUGCGAAAGAUGGAAAAGAGAUUGGUUUCGUGCAGUUUCCACAGUGUUACGAUAAUCUUACAAGGAAUGAUUUGUACGGAAGCACGAUGCGAGUAAUAGCAGAUGUGGAGUUUAAUGGAUUGGACGGAAAUGGUGGACCGUUUUACAUAGGGACUGGUUGCUUUCACAGAAGAGAUGUUAUUUGUGGGAGAAAGUAUGGAGAAGAAGAAGUAGAAUCUGAUGAAAUUCAAGAAAUUGUAGAGCCUGAGAAGAUUAAAUCUCUUGCAAACUGCACAUACGAAAUGGGCUCUCAAUGGGGAAAGGAGAUGGGUGUAAAAUACGGUUGCCCGGUAGAGGAUAUAAUAACCGGGUUAGCGAUCCAAUGCCGCGGAUGGAAAUCAGCUUACCUGACCCCUAAAAAGAAAGCUUUCUUAGGGGUAGCGCCUACUAAUUUGCAUCAGAUGCUGGUGCAGCAGAGGAGAUGGUCAGAGGGAGACUUUCAGAUUCUACUGUCAGAGUAUAGUCCGGUUUGGUAUGCCCAAGGAAAGAUCAGUUUAGGACUGAUCCUUGGUUAUUGUUGCUAUUGCCUCUGGGCUCCAAGUUCAGUACCUCUCCUUGUUUACUCUGUUUUGACUUCUCUCUGUCUUCUCAAAGACAUUCCUCUGUUUCCAAAGGUCUCGAGCUCGUGGUUUAUCCCGUUUGGUUACGUGACUGUCGCAGUUAGUGCUUAUAGCCUAGCAGAGUUCUUAUGGUGCGGAGGAACUUUACGUGGAUGGUGGAACGAGCAAAGGAUGUGGCUUUACAGAAGAACAAGCUCCUUCCUUUUCGGAUUCAUAGACACAAUUCUGAAGAAACUUGGGGUUUCGGAGUCUGCGUUUGUGAUCACAGCGAAAGUUGCAGAAGAAGAAGCAGCAGAGAGGUAUGAAAAAGAGAUAAUGGAGUUUGGGGUGGAGUCUCCAAUGUUUCUCUUACUCGGAACACUCGGGAUGCUUCAUCUCUUCUGCUUUGCCGCAGCUGUCAUGAGACUGGUGAUGACUUCUAGAAAGGCUGGAGAAGAUUUACAAACAAUGGGUAUGCAGUUUGUGAUAACAGGAGUGCUAGUGAUAAUAAACUGUCCUUUAUAUGAGGGCAUGCUGUUGAGGAAAGAUAAAGGGAAGAUGCCAAUGAGCGUGACAGUGAAGUCUGUUGUCCUAGCUUUAUCUGCAUGUACUUGUAUUGCUUUUCUAUAAAGGAAAAAGAGAGUUUCAAUAA